UUUUCAGUGGGUCCACAGCGCCCUCUGUUGGCUGGUACUUAGCAACGCACAUACAGGCUCGGAAACAUGGCGGCGCCUGUGUAUUCAGAAUAAGGCUAAUCUCGUUUUACUAAACCAACUGAUGAGGUUUGACAGAUCGAAAUAAGGGUCAUGUCCAGGCUGGCGGUGGUCUGUGGAGGCUCCAGGGGGAUUGGAGAGGCUGUGGCCCGCCUGCUGGCAGAGAGGGGCUGCAGGGUAGCAGUGGUCUCCAGGAACCAGGAGGCAGCCGAGGCUGCUGUGGCUGCCCUACACGGAGCUGACCACAGGGCCUUCAGCUGUGACGUCUCUAAGGAGCAUCAGGUGCAGAAAACCUUUGAAACUAUCCAGAAGACCUGUGGAGACAUCGCUUACCUUGUGAACGCCGCUGGAAUCAACAGGGAUGCUCUGCUUCUGAGGACGAAGCCUGAAGAAAUGGUGGCAGCGCUCCACACCAACCUGCUGGGCCCCAUGCUGACCUGCAGGGCCGCACUGCGCAGCAUGCUGCGGGGGCCGGGAGCGGCCAUCGUUAACAUAGGCUCUGUGGUGGGCCUGAAGGGAAACUCGGGCCAGUGCGCGUACGGUGCCAGUAAAGCCGGUUUAGAAGGUUUCACUCGGUCGCUAGCCAAAGAAGUGGCUUCACGUAACAUCCGGGUCAACCUGUUAGCUCCAGGUUUCAUCCACACGGACAUGACCACGGGGCUCAACGAGGAGGCCAAAGCACGCUCCAUCCCUUUGGGGAGGUUUGGCACCCCAGAGGAGGUAGCCACGGGCGUCCUCUUCCUGUUGGAUUCUUCAUACCUUACAGGACAGGUGCUGGUGGUUGACGGGGGACUGCAGCUGGCCAUGUAGGGACGGGCAUCACUGGUGCAGAAGGAAGGAAAGCCUUUCAGUUCUGGAUGUCUCGUUUAAGCAAGGACGCUAAUGAUGAGCGACGGCUUUAUGCUAAUAUGGAUGGAGAUGAGGCCGAGUUAGAAGAUGAAAUCCCUCAUCUGCCUUCAGAGGGCUGUCUUGCUGCGUCACUGAGUCGCAGUGUGUGUGUGUGUUGUGACUAACACUGCUGACUCCGAAGUGUCUGGCCCCGACCAGACCUCUGGGCCCCGGGGUCCUAAAUUUAAUCACAAGAUUUAACGCUGCGGCUCAUUUUCCAUGACUGUCAAGCGCUCACUGCUGAUUCCAGCGCUCAUGAUUUGUUUUUUCCCCACCUCCCUCGGGAGAUUCCCCCAGCACAUGUUACCCCCUCUGUCUUCGCAACACCGUCACCCUCCUGAUUCCACCUCUGGUUGGGGGCCUGUCCGGGAACGAGGCCCUUUGGGCUGCAGCUGGAGAAAAUUAGAGGUGGGGGUGGUAUUUUUAGAUUGGGGAAUGUUUUCCGUGUUUGGUUACAGCUUCGGACCUGCAGGGACGACGGAGGGGACGGUCAUGUCCACUAGUAAGAAGUUACUAGGUUAAUCUCUACCAUUAAAAAGAAUCGUUUAAAAAGUGGAAUAAAUUAGCAACUUGACACGUGUUUGUCCUCCUGCUCUCAAUGUUUGCAUUGCAUUGUAAAAAGUACAACCCUAUUGUAUUUUAUCCUUUUCAAAAAAAAAAAAAAUAAUGUUGUCA